GGUAAGAGAAUGAGUGGUAUAACAUCAGAAUAUAGAGGUGUUAGAAAGAGGAAAUGGGGUAAAUGGGUGUCUGAAAUCCGUGAGCCAGGGAAAAAAACGAGGAUAUGGCUAGGGAGUUUUGAGACAGCACAGAUGGCUGCAGCUGCGUAUGAUUCAGCUGCAUUUCACUUCAGGGGACAUGCAGCUAAGUUAAAUUUCCCAGAAUUGAUUGAACAUUUCCCUAAACCAGCAAGUUCUUCGCCUGAAGAUAUACGUUUGGCUGCUCAACAGGCUGCAAUUACAGUUCAAAACACGAAUUCAAUGGCCUCUUCUAGUCAUGGACAUGGAGCACCAGUUACAGUAGGAUUAUCUCCAACUGAAAUUCAAGCUAUUAAUGACUUCCCUAUGGAUUCACCACAUAUGUGGACUACUCAUGAAGACAUCAACUAUACUUAUGAAAUGAGUGAUUACCAAGAAAUGGAUGAUUGUCUUUGGGACUACUCAUCAACUAACUCAUUCUAGAGGCCUAAUAUAUUAUUCCCUCCGUCCCUGACGCUUUUUCAGAUUUAAAGAUAUCUUUGAUAGUAAGUUUUUCAUAAAAUCUUUUAAAUAUUUUAAAUUAUCAAUUAAUUUGACUUAUAGUAUUUUUUACGUAGUUUAUAAAUAUAUAAAUUUUAUUUCAAAAAAUUUGAAAUUUUCAUUCACAAACUUAUGAUCAAACAUAAACUGUUUGAAUUUUGAAAAAUGAAAAGAUACACAUAAAUUGGGACAUAGGGAGUAUAUACUAGCUAGUAAAGCUUUAGUAUUCUGUAUUACAAACAUAUAUAAAUUAAUUAAAGUGUGUCAUGUUUGUACUAAUUAACUUCCAUAUAUGGUGUUGCAUUAUAUUAAUUAAGGUUGUUCUGAAGCAUCAAAAUGAGUUGGUUUUUUGACAUCUCGUUUUAUGUCUCUCUCUUCUUAUAAUGUAAUGUAAUGCGUGAAAAAAACUUAUUCAAAUCUGCUCU